AUGUGAGCCAGCCCGAUCCGCAUCCCGACUGCCAGCAAUGACACCGACUGGGAUUUCUGCUUCUGUCUGUCACAGCAAACCAAGAUCCCAGGGCAUCAGCGAACAGAUGAGUUGUAUCCCACUAGUGGGUCUGGAGAGAGCAAACAAGUUGCUAAAGCCAAGGAGGAGAAGGCCAUAGACCGUAUGUCUCUUCCCUAAGAGAAACUGGCCCAAUCCCAGAAGAAAGUAGCUCAGCUGAUUAAGGGGAAAAUGAAUACCCAAGCAGAUAAGGAGCUGAUUGGCUGUGUCAUCCUUUCUCGGAUUAUUUUUGGGCAAGAACCCCGGAAACGUGCACAGGCUUUGGCCACCCUGGCGUAUGGCUACCUGACACCGAGAGGCCUCCCAGCUCAGGCCAAGAAACAUUCUGAGUCUGCCAAGAACACACUGCUGACCUGGAAGGGAAACAUGACCUCAGACAAGGAGAAAAAGGAAAUCCUGGAAACUCUGGUCAUGCUCUACUACACUCUGGGGGUGGCCUGGCUCCUACAUAACCGUGGCAGAGAGGCUUAUUUCAACCUGCAGGAGUCAGAGAGAAACAUGAAGGAGCUGAAAAAAAUCUAUAAGGGAGGUGCUUCUGGAUUACAGGUCUCAGAGAAAGACCUAACAAUUGCUUUGGGCAGAGCCUCCUUGGCCAACCGCAGGUUACACCUAGCUCUGGCAUACUUUGAAAAGGCAGUUGACAAUGUUAUUGCUGCUAAGGGUGAUAGAACAUCAGAUCUGGUUGGUCUUUACGAGGGAAUUGCACAGAUCGAGCAGCUGAGGAGGAACCAUGACCGGGCCAUCCAGUACUUGCAGCAGGCCCAUUCUAUCUGUGUUUCUUUGUUCACUGAAAUCAGCCCCCAAGCUGCAGAGGCGAGCACGUUACUAGCCAAGGCUUAUGCCAUGUCUGGGGAGGCCCAACACAGGGAUGCUGUUGAGAUAUAUUUUAUAAAAAGCAUCACUGCAUAUCAAACAACAUUGGGCCCAGAAGAUUAUGAAACACUGAUGACUAUUGAAGAAUUUUGCAAAUGGCUUGUUCAAAAUGGGGAAAAACAGGCAUGUGAGAAACAGGUGUGGAUCUGACAUGGUCUUGUUGGCCAUGUGACAACCAGUUUAAGAUGAACAUCUUGACUUUGUGAUAAGACACCAAUACCAAUGCCUGACAGCUGUCUGCUUCUAACCAAGUGUACCAAGCUUCUAGACAGAGGUGCAAAAGUGUGGUGAGUGCCAGGUGGCUCUGAAUCUAAACCAUAAGCAGGACUGUGGACAGGUCACCUUUACUACUAGAAAACAAACUCCAUGAGGACAAGGGUUUUGUCUGUUUUGUUCACUGCAGUGUCCCUAGGGCCUGAAACAGUAACUGGCACAUAGUAGGUGCUCAGUAACUAUUGA